UUGGAGACCCAGAAUAUGUUGACAUUUAGGAGAAAGGCUUUAAGAAUUAGCAACGAAAGUCCGAAGUCUUCUCCGUGGAGGUAAAAAAGUUCGUGUACAGUCCAUUUGGCAAAAGAAGUGGUGCGGCCUGAUGACUAGGGCAGCUGCCUUGAAGUUGGGAGAGCUGGCUGCCUUCAAGUCAAGAGAGGCAGGAUCAAACCUGGACAAUUGCUGAUUCAGGUUAUGUAAAAAUGGAGACUCGAUCUGAAAGUGUACCACUGCUGGAAUUACGAGAAAUGAUCAACAGCUGGGAGUGAAAAGCAGUGGUCCUAGCUGAGGCAGAGGAAAUGUCAGCAGACACUGUCACAUUCAGUCCAGUGCAUUAUGGCAGCACAUUGCUGGCUAGCUUGUCAGACCUUCUUACCGAAGGUGUCUUCACUGAUGUUACACUGGUUGUUGAGUGCAGCGAGUUCAAGGCUCAUCGCAUCAUCCUUUCUGCAUGUAGUCGAUAUUUCAGGGCAAUGUUUGUAGGGCAGCUCUCUGAAGUGUCAAAGGAAGAAGUAGGGAUUCAUGGUGUGCGCUCUGAAAUCUUUAGAGAAAUUCUCAGAUUUAUUUAUACAGGCACUGUUGAUAUAACAGCAGAGAACUGUGUAGACUUGUUGGAAGCAGCAGACAUGUUGGAGGUAUCUGAUGUUGUAGAAGGCUGCAGCGAUUUCCUGAAGCAAAACCUGACAGAUGAUAAUUGUAUAGGUAUAUACCUACUGGCUGAUGCCCAUGGUUGCAUUCCACUGAAAACUGCUGCAGAGACCUAUAUCCACAGCCACUUUGUAAAAGUCUGUCACUGUAAGGAGUUCAAGAGGUUACCCAAAGAUGUGUUAAUCCAUCUACUGCACAGCGAACAUCUCCACAUAGAUACAGAGUUCCAAGUAUUUGCCUCUGCCAUGGACUGGAUUAUGCAUGACCUAGCAAUGCGAAGAAAGUGUGUUUUUGAGGUGAUGAGCCCCAUACGAUUUCCGUUGAUCUCUCAGUCACAGAUAGAUAAACACAUUGAUGACUGUCAAGAUCUCAGUUUAAAAAUUGCUCUGAAAAAGUUGGUGCAAGACUUCCAGCUGAGUAGAAAACUUUGCCUUGAGCUGAAACUUAACAAGCUGAAGCCAUAUGUGAUGCAUCCAAGAAAAAGUGCCAGGAAAAGUUUGAUUGUGAUAGGCGGAUACAGUCGACCCAAAGAUGGCCGAUGGUGCGACAGUAGAACGCUGAAAACCGUGGAAAUGUUUGAUCUGUUCUCUCAACAGUGGAAAAGCCUUCCCAGCAUGCACUAUGCGAGAAGUGGUCACGGGGUAGCUGAGUUGAAUGGCCAGAUUUAUGUUAUUGGUGGUGAAAAUAAUUCCUUGAUAUAUGACAGCACAGACUGCUACGAUCCAGUGACAAACGAGUGGUACGAGGGCCCUCCCAUGAUUUUGCCACGUACAGGCAUGGGUGUGUGUAGCCUCAACGGCUGCAUGUAUGCUCUGGGUGGGUGGGUUGGUUCAGAGAUAGGGGACACAGUGGAGAAGUUUGACCCCAGCAUCAACCAGUGGCAGGGUGUGGGCAGGGUGAUCACUCCCAGGUUCAGCAUGACUGCUUUAGCAUACGAAGGCUUGAUCUACACCCUGGGAGGCAUGAAUGAUAUGGGCAUAGAGCUGAAAACAGUGGAGAGUUACAACCCUGUCACCCAUGAGUGGUCCAAGCUGGCCAGUUUAUCCAAUUGCAGAGCGUAUAUUGGUGCGGCUGUGCUUGAUGGCCACAUCUAUGCAGUGGGAGGGCGCAAUGAUCAUGAUGGAACUCUUGCAACUGUCGAAAAAUACAGCAUUGAACAGAACUGUUGGGAAGAGAUCCAACCCAUGUCAGUGCCCAGAGCUGGAGCUUCAGUGUGUGCUAUCAAUGGUAUACUGUAUGUGGUGGGUGGGCGAAGCUCAAGCUCAGAGUUCACUGCCCCUGCCACUCUGAGUUCUGUUGAGUGCUAUGACCCACAGACUGGUACCUGGUUAGAUAUCUGUGAUAUGCCAACAAGCCGAUGUGAAGGGGCGGUUGUCGUGGUGUAGCCUUGGAUGUUUUGCCAUCCAUGUAUUUCCUGCUUCUUGGAAAAGUCGCUCCGAAUGUAAUGCUCUGCCUUAGAAUCCUGAAACAGACACAGGCUGUAAAUUAUCCCCAUUUAAUCUUUGUAAUUUUUUAUCAUGAAUGGUAACUUCAUAAAGAAAGAGCUGCUCAACUUCCAAUGCCUAUGGCAGGAUGGUAAUGGUAUCAUUUUACUCCUAACUAAUAAUUGUAUAUUCUAGGAAUUAAGUUUACUAAAAACUGAAACUUUGUGAUGUGUGGGACUAUGCAGCAUCGUUCAAGCGUUUAAUCGAGGAAUCAUAUUUUGCAAUAUAAAUGUUGUGAUAUUUUAACUUACUGUGUUUGACCUGAAAUUUCACCAUGAUCAUGUUAUUACACAUUUCUGCCUGAUUUUGAGAGUUGUGGGCCCAGUUUCACGAAGCUCUUUUUAAUGUUAUGAGCUCACAACUACCAUGAUGAUGUAAAUACCUACAGUACUGGUUGUCGUGGUAGUUCAGUGAGCGUAACGUUAAGGAUGUUUCGUGAAACCGGGUCCUGUUCUGUCGAAAGUUCUUUUUAAGUUUGUGUGGAAUUCAAGGUGAUAUCCUUCUGGCAAAUAUAUAAUUUUACGUUCAAAAAGUAAUAUUUCAUGAGAUUUUCCUGUAAAA